AAUUAAAGGCAGGAGACACACACACACACACGCUGCCUGUCAAACACUCAGCGCACUGAGCUAACCUCCAGCAACAAUGUUCCGAAGAAAGCGAAGUGUUUCCUUUGGGGGUUUCGGAUGGAUCGACAAAUCUACUGUAGCUGCCUUAAGACAGAGGAAACAAGUGAUGGCAAAUGGGUCAAAUACGAGCGUGCUCGAACCACACUUAUCACCACCACACACAGCUCCACCAUCCACACGGUCUGCAGAAUUCUUUGAAAUGCUGGAUAAGAUGCAGACUAUAAAAUUUGAUGAGCAGAAGGACAAGAGCAACAGGUUGAAGGAUGAUUACAUCCCCUAUCCCAGUAUCGAUGAGGUCAUCGAGAAACAAGGACCAUAUCAGUCCAUUAUCCUCCCCCAGUUUGGAGGCUACUGGAUUGAGGGAAUGGAGAAUGUCACUACCCCAACGUCAUCUGAGAGUAGUUUUUGUGAGGAGGACGCGGUGGAGAACCUGAGUCCCAGCACCUUUGGGUACAAGCUGGAAUGCAACAGUACCGCCAGAGCCUACAGGAAGCACUUCCUCAAUAAGGAGCAUUUGAAUUUUUAUACCUCGUGCAGUGUUAUUGGAAACCUGGUGAUUUCAGUCAAGUAUGACGAUACUGAUGGGCAAGAGUAUUUGAGGAUCAUACUCAGGUCCAAAUCGAAAACAAUCCAUGAGCAGCUCCCACUUGAUGGAGUAUCACGACUUCCCAGCAUUCCACUGAUAGCAAAGCUUCUCUGUGAUGACCUGACCUGUGUGAAAUUCUCCCCCGUACUAUAUCCUAAGGCAUCCAAGUUCAUAGUUGCAUAUGAUGAACACGAGAUCAAUAACAACUUCAAGUUUGGUGUCAUUUAUCAGAAGGUCAGACAGACAACAGAAGCGGAAUUAUUUGGCAACAAUGAAGAAAGCCCUGUUUUUAAGGAAUUCUUGAAUUUACUCGGAAACACAAUUGUGCUCAAGGAUUUUAAAGGUUUCCGAGGAGGUCUAGAUGUUGCCCAUGGUCAAACAGGCUCGGAGUCUGUCUACACCGUCUUCAAAGAUAGAGAGAUCAUGUUCCAUGUUUCUACAAAGCUGCCAUUUACAGAAGGGGACUCUCAGCAGCUGCAAAGAAAACGGCACAUCGGGAAUGACAUUGUGGCAAUCGUAUUCCAAGAGGAAAAUACACCAUUUGUUCCAGAUAUGAUUGCUUCCAAUUUCCUUCAUGCAUACAUUGUGGUGCAGGUGGAGACUUCUUGUGCAGAUAGAACUACUUAUAAGGUUUCUGUCACUGCUCGAGAGGGUGUUCGUCAAUUUGGGCCCCCAUUGCCAAGCCCACCUGUAUUUAAAAAGGGCCCUGAAUUCAGAGAGUUUCUACUCACAAAGCUCAUCAAUGCAGAAACGGCUUGUUACAAGUCUGAGAAGUUUGCAAAGCUGGAGAACCGUACACGAGCAGCACUGUUGGACAACCUGCACGAAGAACUCCACAGUCAGACACAGGCAAUGUUGGGACUGGGGUCUGAUGAAGAGAAGAUGGAAAAUGGCGGCCACGGAGGAUUCCUGGAGUCUUUCAAGAGGGCUCUCCGUGUUCGCAGCCACUCAAUGGAGACCAUGGUGUCAGGUCACAAGAAGCAUCACAGCGGAGGGUUGCCAGGCAGCCAGAGUGGUGGGAUCUCGCACAACGUGGUAGACAUCAUCAAGCACCCUCCUAAUCAAGCAAAGCUUCUGAAGAGCCCAGUGAAAAGGAGAUCAGCUCUCUUCCCUCGAACCCAUACAAGUUCAGACAGUCAGUUGGAUGGGAGACCACGCUGCGAAAGUCUCUCGAGUUUGUCAAAGGCGCCUGAAAGUAGUCAGAUCUCAUCGGACGUCAGAUGGGAAGCAUCAUCCAAUCCAAGCUCUCCUGAAAUGGGUCCCAACAAAGACAGGACCUAUAGCAAACUCAAGGAGAACGACAAGGGCAACAUCUCCCGUUCUUCAUCAAGCACAAGCAGCUUCAGCAGCACGGCUGGUGACAAUGAAGCUUUGGAGGACUAUGAGUCCAGCGCAGGUAAUCAGCCAUCCAUAGCAUCUCCUUUCCGACAAGAUGUCUUUGUCUACGGCAAUGAAAACCAAAGCAGCCCAAAUCAAAUGGGCUUGUGCAAGAGCCCCACAGAUACAGCCAAGUGUAAAACUUCUCCAAGAACUACUUUGAAAUUCAGAUUUGAGAAACUCCAUUACAGCUCAAACCCAUGAACAUCAUUUCAAGGAUAAUCCAUUGACAGUAAAGGCACCCUUCAUUCUCUCCAACAGCGAGUGGAAACUUGCAUUCACCACAAACAUAGCUACAGCUGGUUCAUCUUGAGCUGCACCCCAUCCUUUCUGCAAGUGAAGCACACCCUCCUGUGUCCUGGGAGGCUGGAAAUUGCCAGGAAACUCUGUCCUAUAUCUGCUGUUACUGGGGUUCAGGUAGUCCACUCCAGCUUCACAGCAAACCUAUUCAGGACCCACUUGGAGAUGUGUUACUGUAAUGGUUUAAGUAAUCCAGCAGUCUGAUGUGUGUACGAGGCAACACUGUAGACAGUAUGGAUAACCUUCAAUGUCCCCACCUGUCCUUCCCUUGUGUGGUUCUGCAGCCUUCUGAAAUGUAGCUUUCUUUGGCCAAUUGACCGUUGGAGAUACUGUUUUAAAAGUCAUAAGCAUGCUUCUUUACAACUUGCAAUGGGAUGUACCUGGGAUGGAUAUUGAAGGAGCUCCGACAUAUCCUAAAAACAGACCUCCCUGAGGUCUCGAAGCCCAUUAGGAAAACAUUUGGGGUAAUCUAACUGCCUCCUGUCUGAGGACAGAGGGCAGCAAAACUAGGAGACUACAGGGAUGUCAAUCUUCAAACACGUCCUCCCUUGUCUAGUCAUCCUGAGGCAGUGAGGUGGCCGUACCUGAAUCCCCGCUGAUGUUGCUUUGCACAGUAAUUGUAACAGAGCCUAAACUUUGUGUUGUAACCUGUUAUUCACCAUGUUUACACUGCCAAUUAACAAAACUGUCCAUUGUGUCCUGCUAGGUUUGUCGUCCGUAUAUCUGAUGUUACAUUUAAACGUGAUAGGUGUGCAAAGUUACAAAAAAUCUGCCUUUCCCGGUACUGGGCGAAUAUAUCUUUGUAGGAUUACAGUAAAAUGUGUUCAACAAGAUUAUAAUUCAUUUUAGUUUGUUCCCUGAACAAUGUGAAAGCUUCAAGUAUUUUCCUUUCCAGUUUUAUUUUAUCUCCUUUUCUUUGUCAAUGUGGUCCUUGGGUUUUGAAAGUCAGACGGUGGGCACCAGACCUGUUCCCAAAUUUUCACUUAUAGCUGGGCACUGGAUGGUAAGAAAUGAUUUCUCACCUGUUGCACAGUUUGGGAACUGAAGUGAAUCUGGCCUGAGCCGCCCUUCACCCCAUUUCUGUGGCACCAAGACCAUGUGCUCCUGAACCCCAACAAUUACUAGAGCCACCCCCAAGGCUGCCAUGUACAAGUGCCCCUAACCCACGGUGCCACCCUCACCCAAGAACCACUACUAAAUGUGAGAGAUCCAAACUCUACCAUGUCCACCCCAUCUACUAACUUUUAAUAGUUUUGUCCCCGUUCUGUGUCCCUUCCUGAAGGCGAACAUCACAAAAUGGUGUCUGGUGUAAAGAAAUAAACCUCAAUUCUUAAUUUAAAGCCUGCUUGAAACUCAAGAAUAUUGCAGUUUGGUGCAGGCGUUCUCCUCUAGCCCUGGGAGAGCUGCCAAAUAUUCCCUGGUUCUCUCUUGUUGUUCCAAGCCUACUUUAUUUAGUAUUGAAAUUGGCACGAGAAACAGAAAUCCGUUAUUUUGUAAAAGUCCUCAAUGUCUGGCCUUACAUUGGUACUCUCCUGCGGAUUCGUGUUUGAUAAACUCCCCAAUUUGAUGUGGAAUAAUGUCUUUCCAUUUUCAGAAAUGUGACACCACUCAGAAAAUGAUUGGUCAGUGAGUAUUGUAUCUUCAUGUUGAAUUUUUAAUGAAUUAGUAGUUACAGUGAAAUUGUCAAACACCAUUUAGUAGAGAGAGAGCUUUUUCUAAAAAAAAUGCCAUGUUUGUUGCCCUAAUCAGCCCAGGGGUGACUGUGAGAAGCUUUCUGCUGUUAAGAUUUUGACAAUAAUUGCCAUGUUUGUAUUUGUCACUAUCAAGGGCCAAAGCCUGUGGAUAAAGGUGUACGGUUCUCACUGGCUGAUUUGGAGUGUUUUUAUUGUGAGGAUUAAUUCAUAACCUCUGUAUAGACUGAGUAUCAGCUAAUUCAGACAAUAUAGUACAAAAAUUGCAUGUUGGAAUUUGCGUCAAGGUUAAAAAACAUGCAAAUGCAAGAUUGCAAAACUAUAAGAGGGCUGCUUGGGUGCCCUGCCACGAUGAGGAUUUGAAUCCUUUAGGGAUUGGAUCACACCAGGUCUACUAUCUUACAGAUCUGAAUGUGAAGUAAUCUGGACCAAAGAAAUAACAAUUAUCUCUGGCUCACCCCACUCACUUCCCUCUGACUCAUCCUCACUUUUUUUCUGUUUUCUUUAUUUCUCAUUUCUCCUUUUCUCUCUCUCCCUCACUCACUAAUUCCUAGUUACUCUUGUCUUUCUACUUCCCGUUGAAUCUCUAACUCUAGCCUUCCUGUUGGGUUUCCACAUGUAUUGUCGCCCAUCUAAACUUCUCAUUGUGUUGUCUCCAUUCAUUCUCAUCAACUUAUUUAGACUUUCUUUCUCCUUCCUACUCCUUUGUCUCUCUUUCUCUUUCUCUCUCUCUCUCAUUCAAGUGGAUUUCCAUUCUGUCUGUUUCCUUAAUGUCUCCCCACUCACUCACUGCUCUCUCUUCUACUCAUUUUAACUCCAUACUUGUCCCUUCUGUCUGUUCCUCUCACAAGCCGGGCACAAAUGAAAUGUGCUUGGCCAGUCAUUAUCCAGUCUGUCACUGAAGUCUGCACCAUGUAAAAACUCUUCACCCUGGGAGAAAAAGGCAGGGACAGAAUCUGGCAAUAUCUUCUCUGUGGAAUUCUAAAAUGUUUCCCAAGCAUUUCAAUACAUAUUUUGUAUUCUUGGCCUUAUUUCAGAACUGGAAUGAUUAUUUUAACAUCACAUCCACAUGAGACAACUAGAUGAUUCUGUCAUAUGUUGGCCCUCUGUAAGAUACAUCUCAUUGAAUUGACUAUAAAUCACCUAUGAUUUUAGAGGCAGCAGAUUUAGGAGUCUACCUGAUGCCCAGAGACUGUCUAAUCACUGGUUUAAUGAAAGUCAUUUUGUAUGGUGCAAAAUCAAAAUCAAGUCUUCUGUAUUCUUCUGUGAGGUCACUAAAAUCUGAAAAGAAUUUGCAAGACUUCCCAUGUAAUCAACCACAGUAUCCUUGGGUGUUGGAAUUUCAAAGUUGUACUCCCCACUUCUUGCAUCUUGGAAAACUUCUUGCCCUAGUUUGGUGACAGGUAGAGGUUAGAUCCUGGUUCCCCACACUUUCCUGUACAAUCUCUCGCCCCCUGCAUGGACAUCCAAGAGGGAGUCACCUCAUUACAAAUAAAUGUAUUUUCUUUCAGACAUUACAAAAAUAUCAAGCUGUUCACAAAGGAAUGAUAAACAGAAAAAUAGAAACACAAGAAUCUACCUUAUAUAAUGAGCAAGCAGCACUUUAUUGCCUCAGGUAUUAUCACAGCCUAUAACCAGACAUCAGUUCUGCCAUCUUGAUUUUCUGAGUAUGACUUUCACCAUUGUCAGAUUGAACAAAAUGGCUGACAGGUUUAUGGAAAAUGUUUAUUAAGUAUUACAAGUCUGGAUAAAUCUUAGUAUGUCUUUUAGAUAAACAAUAAAAUUCAGCUUAAUUCUGUUUGUUCUGUUUGUUUAAAAUGCUCAAAGGGUAGAAGGAAUGAAAACACUCAGUGGGCCUGUAACUGCUGGGCACUUUCCCCGUGGUCGUGAGUUUGAGACUUCACACACUGUUAGAGCGAUGAGAAUAUUCAUUACUGGGAGACAUGUUCUUGUUGGUACUGCAGAGUGAUGAAAAUCACACAGGAUUUCUGUCGCUCAGUGAGAUUAGCUCAAGGAGCGAGCUGGUCAGCCAGGCUUCUUGUCCUCCUGACCCCUGGGCUGAGCUAAGUUGCAGGUCAAAGGGAGAUGGACUGGACAGGCUCUGUAAGGGAACCCUGAUUGCAGAGACCUGGCGAAUUGGCAUGUCUGAUAUUGUCAAACUCCGGUGGGCUGUACAUCUGUCCCAACCUGUCACCAAGGUGUCAAACACAUCUCACUGGCUGAAGCAUUCUUCCUUGCCCCUUUGGUACCUGCUAGUAAAAGUCUCCUUGGGGCCGAUUUUGUUGGCCAUUUCUCUGAGUAUUUUCACUAACAUUUGGCAUUCUUUUGCCUUUGUGAAGAACCUUUGGGAUGUUUACGAUAUUGAACAGUGCAGUGCCAUUAAAAGCACAAUUCUCAUUGAGCUUGAUGGCAUCACUUAACACCAACAGGCGCAAUCUAAUGCUAAUGUGUCUGUAAUGUGAUUUUUCUUCCAACUCACUGUCACACAUAUAUAUAAACAUGCCCCAGUAGGUGUAAUCUUUGAAAUGCAAGAGGUUCCGAGAGCUACAGUCCUGCCAACGUGUAUUGAUCAAACAGAGAAUGCAGAAGACUUGAAAUUUGAAACAGUGGAAUCGAGACCUACAAUUGAGGCCUUUAUGAGGUGAACUAAGGUGAAUGGUUAGGAUUAUGUGCGUGGAACUGUUAAUGAGAUGUGACAGAGCUUUAUGAAGCUGCCUGAUCUAUCCACGGAUGUAAAUAUUGUACAAUUAAUUUAUUGCUACCUUGGCAAAUUUCUUUUGUUGUGAUGUAAAAACUGGAGAAUAUCAAAAAUCCUUGUUUGUAUAUUUUGCCCAUGUUUCUGUGCGAUGCUACAAAUAAUAAAUGUAUUUUGUGUCA